UUGAAGUCAUUGUUGUCCUUGUCGAAGUCGAAUCCCUCCCCAAAGCCACGAGUUCUUGCGGCUCCAAUCCAACCCUCGCCCUCUAAUUUUCAUCGGCCUUUUGUGAGGCCGGGGAUCCGCAGAAAUCCCCAACAGCCUCCAGUUUCUUCCACGCCGCUACCUCAUCUCGCAGAUCACGCUGUUGUGGUUGUUGUUGGUGGUGCUGUUCUUCUUCGGAUUCGCGGGAUGGUGGAGUUUUCCCUCGUUGCUUCCGCUGCCCUUCCGCCGGCAAUCCUCCACCCCGAGCAUCGGGGUCUCUGUAAGGCCCCCAAGGAGUUUCAAAAUCUGCUUCCACUUCAUGGUAGAAAAAAAGAUGCAUUAAGAUCUGGUUCUGUUCAGUUUAAUGCACAGCAUCUUGAAGAUUUGAGGCGACCAAUGCAUUUGUUGCUAGAGAAUAAUCAAUCAGCCAGGAUAUCUCCGAUGAUUGAAAGUCAUGUGCUUAUUAACAUGCAAGGUCUGCAGCUUAGUGAUUCGCAUCCUGACUCGGUGCUUUUCAGCUCUGGAAUCGCAGAGAAGUGCACGAGAAAUGAGAAAAUAUUGGAGUUUCUUUGGUCUGGAUCAAACAUUGCAGAAGGCGAAGGCCUAGAUGUUUCUUUACUUUCAGAGGUCAUGGGGUUUCAUGAUAUGACUAUUGACAUGUUGCCUUCACCCCAUCUAACUGUGGAUGGAAAGUCUUCCGUAUAUGAGGCUGAAAUGGAUGAUUCUCAGCAUCCUCUACAUAUACAAAGACAGAUUUAUGCACCAGAGCAUAAGCUGGAUUUUGUUGGGAAUUCCUCUGAUACUAAAUAUUUCACAGUACAUCCAAAUGGCACACUUUUGUUUGCAUGCAGUGCAACUCAAAUGGAAUAUCUAAUACCAACUGUUCCAGAGUUUGAUCUUCCGAAAAGAACAAUAAUUGGCAGUAAGCAAUCAUUGCUAGUCCCAUACUUCACAAGAAGGGGUCAUGGACGCUCACAAUCUCACAGACAGGUGGCUUCCCCAACAGUUGCUCCUCUGAAGAGCCCUGAGAUGAAGCUGAAAAUGUUGCCUAAGAAGAAAAAAAACAAAAGAAUAGGAAGAGAGCGUGACCUUUACCAGAGGAACUAUUUUCAUGCCUGUGAAAGCCUUCUUUCUGUUAUUCUAGACAAAGGGGGCAGCACAAGAGUCCUCUCGCUUAAGAAAUCAGGUGCUGAGAUUAGCCAAUUACUCACCCAAUUUUCUGCCGGGAUUGCUGGUACUGGCCUUGCUGUUAUCUUCUCUGUUGUGUACAAACUUGCAUGUGGAAGGGUGCCUUUGUGUGCCACCAGGCUGUUGAACACUGGAUUUGGAUUUGGGUUGUUCUGGCUUUCAUCGGCCAUCAUUGGGUUGAGAGACACAAUUAUUUAUAUUAGUAAACACUCCGGCAAGCUGAAUCUUAAGGAGGAGGAUAUCACAAGCAAGCUUAGGAGAAGCAUGAAUGAGAUUCUCUUCAGAGCUGCUACACUGGUGGCUGUGACAGUACUGAGAUUUGCAUAAUUUUCGUGGUGGUCGGCUCAGACUUAUCGGAUUGCCAGGAUCUUUGAAUGAAUCUAAUUUUUGUCAGGCCAAAACCUAAAAUAAUUUAUGGAUUGUAUAAAACGUUCUACUGAUGUAAUACUUUGUAAAAAUUAUGUUAAUGAUGCAUGAAAAAAAUUUUGUUGCUUCA